UUUCGUGUAUUGUUUGCUUAGAAUAAUUUUUUUUUUUUAUAAACGAGUUUGUAUUUAAAUUAUCUAUUUUGUGCAUUCAUAAUGGCAGGUAAUUUUUGGCAAAGCUCCCAUCACCAACAGUGGAUACUGGAUAAAACAGAUCUUAUCAGGGAUCGCCAACACGAUCUAAGCAUUUUGAGUGACGAGGAAUACCAAAAAAUAUUCAAUUUCUUUGCAAGUAUCAUUCAAGUUUUAGGUGAACAAUUGAAGCUACGUCAACAAGUAAUUGCAACGGCUACCGUGUAUUUUAAGAGGUUCUAUGCAAGGAAUUCUUUGAAGUGCAUUGAUCCCUUAUUACUAGCUCCAACCUGUGUGUUUCUUGCUUCAAAAGUAGAAGAAUUUGGGGUCAUCUCGAAUUCGCGACUCAUAACGACAUGUCAGACCGUUAUUAAGAAUAAGUUUGGCUAUGCAUAUGGACAACAAGAAUUUCCAUACAGAACAAAUCAUAUUUUAGAAUGUGAAUUCUAUUUGCUUGAAAAUUUAGACUGCUGUCUGAUAGUAUAUCAGCCGUACAGACCUUUAUUACUAUUUGUUCAAGACAUAGGUCAAGAAGAUCAAUUACUAACCUAUGCUUGGAGAAUUGUAAAUGAUUCUUUAAGAACUGAUGUCAGCUUGCUAUAUCCACCAUACCAGAUUGCAAUUGCUGCAUUGCAUAUAGCGUGUGUGAUGCUAGGCAAAGAAAAUCAAAAAAGUUGGUUUGCAGAGUUAAAUGUGGAUAUGGAUAAGAUUCAAGAAAUAGUGAGAUCUAUUAUAAAUUUAUAUGAAAUGUGGAAAAGUUAUGAUGAAAAGAAGGAAAUACAAGGACUAUUAGCAAAAAUGCCUAAACCAAAGCCCGCUCCCCAAAGAUAAUAGUAAAAUAAGACUAGAUGUGACAAAUGUUUAUACAAGGUUAAGACAACAAUGGUGAAAAUGUAUGAUAACUAUUAUCAGAAUGACAAAUCAACAUUAGUAUUUUUAUAACAUUUUAUUGUGCUUGCAACUGUAAUGAAUUCAUAUGUAUUAUUUAUUGUUCUGUAAUUGAAUGUAUUGUUCUGAAAAAAUCAAGUAAGAAUGUCUUGUAUUCAGUAUCAAUAGAUGGGUGUUGGUGUUAUAACC